GUCGAGUGUUGAUGAAAGCAUGCAGUGCCUCUAAUUUACACUGAUGCAGGAGUUACGCAUCUGGAUCUACUACUGAAACUCACUGGACUAGGAAAAUAUUGGUCUGACAUCUAAGGGUCACAUAUAGUUUUUUUUCCUUGCAUUUCCUGGAGCACCUUGAUACUGAACUGCACGAUUGCAAUAAAUGCAGCUUGAGUUGCCAGCGUCUCAAGAAAAAUAGCCAUACCAUCAAAAUGCUGGCCAUUAUAAAACAAAGGGAGGGGGGGUCUGGCUGUUAUACAGACAACACUGACAAGUAUCUGUUUCUUCUGCUUUUAAAGUUGGGACUGGACGCAGCAGUCUUUCACUUCUGCUGCCAGAAGCUGUACAGCUCCUUUUUAAGCCUGUGCAGCCUGUCCAUCGUCAUGGCUGACUUGGCGUUGGUGGUUUUUAUGGCUAAUGUGUGGUUUCUUGGGGCUGAACGGUCUCAUGUGUCACCCUGCUUCCUCCUGGCCAAUGCCACGGCGACAUACGGAGCACUCCCACUGCCCAUGAUGUGCCUGGGUGUACUGGACUACUGUUUAGAAGAUACCUACCUCAAAAACCAGAGCGCCUUCUGCAAAUUCCUAAGGAACGCAGUCUUAACUUUGCUGGUGUGGAUGCUAGCUGUUAUUUAUUCCUUUGGUUCUGUCAAAGCUGAACUCAUAGAACUGGACUAUGUGACAGGGAUAAAGGUUCAGGUGUGUGAAAUAGAGGAUUCUCCACUGAUUGCCUAUUUCACUUUGGGGCUUUUCACAGCAGUUACUUGUACAUUGCUGCCCUUUUGGUCAAGGAUACCCCAGUGGGUGAAAGAGGCUAACAGGUUAUCUGAAGAGAGGGAAGAACAAGAGAACCAGAAGAGUGACUUGUUGUUCACCUCAAGCAACUACACGGACACAAAAUGGAGUGACGAGUAUCAUCUGGAGGAGAGCACCUGGCCGCGACCACCUCUGUGGCUCAGCCUAACACUGGGCUUUGGUAUGUUUUGGAUGCCUUAUCUCGCUAUGUCUGUGGUCUGUCUGGUUUUUGGCUUUGGAGUACCUGCCUACCUCACUGUUAACCUUCUGUGGUUGGAGUGCACCCACAGUUUACUGGUGGGUGUGGUAUUCUGGGUAAAGAGCAAGAGGCUAGGACCAUACAGCCAUCUACCAGAAAACGUGUGCUUAUGGCAAAUUUACUGGCAUUUGAGCGAAGGAACACGACAGCAGCAACUACCUGUAGCUGUGUUUAACCAAUCAAAAGGCAAGAGAAACACUCUCUACUAUGUGUAAUACAAUAAAGAUGAACUAUACACCCGUUACCUAUCAUACCUGACAGCUAAAAGCAAGUGUAAACAAUCAUGCAUGACAGUGAAUUAAUACUUAAUGGAAAAUGAGCGAGCAUCUAUGAAUGGUUCAUGUGUGUGAAGGCUGUUUGAUCCUUAAACUGACUUCUGACGGAUAUUGAAAAAGCCUGGACACAGAAAGGAGCCUCUCCAUCAGCACAUGCAGAAGUGACUGAGCAAAGCAACGACAAGAAACUGUGACUGCACGUCCGACUGUAAUUGUGGUGCAAAACUGUGACCAUAAAGGUAAAUUAUUGUAAAUAUUCAGAGAUCACCAUACAUCGAUUGUCUACAUUAUAUUUGUCAAACAGUUCUUUUUAAUUUAUUUCUGUUAGACUUGAGUGAAAUAUGAAGACUCAUAUAUAAUUAUUCGGGCAGCACGGUGGUGCAGUGGUUAGCACUGCGAUGGACUGGCGACCUGUCCAGGGUGUACCUCGAUGUCAGCUGGGAUUGGCUCUAGCCCCCCGUGACCCUGUACGCAGGAUAAGCGGUUGACGAUGGAUGGAUGGAUAUAUAAUUAUUCCAUUUUGAGCAUACCUACAAUAUGUAACAAUAAAAGGCUAAUUAUUAUAA